CGACAGCGUCUUUCCUCUUGCCCAAGCUUGCCCCCUAUAAAAGUCCUUCCCAAAUAAUCUUAUACUCGAAGUUCUUUACAGGAUUCCGAAGCGAAGAACCCUUCUCUAAAUCUCUCCAGCAGUGCGAUUAGGGAUUGACUGUAGGAUGGCUACCGAGCAACCAAAACCGGCGCCUGAAGACGUGAAAAUGGAUCUCUUCGAAGAUGAUGACGAGUUUGAGGAGUUUGAAAUUGACCAAGAGUGGGAGGACAAAGAGGAGGGGAAAGAAGUAACCCAGCAGUGGGAAGAUGACUGGGACGAUGAUGAUGUCAACGACGACUUCUCCCUGCAACUUAGAAAGGAGUUGGAAUGCAACACUGAGAAGAAGGACUAAGCAAUACUGUGUUAUACUUUGGCAUCAUUGCAUGUCCCUCUAGAAUUAAUGUGUUCCUCAGAUAUUGUACUCCACUUUAUUCUUGCUGAAUGCUUGGACCUUCAACUUUCUGUUAACUGUUUUUAUCAAUAUGGUUACAAGUUCUGACUUUCUUUAGUCACCUA